AUGGGGCGCAUUGCUACGGUGGAUGCUUUGAGUCAAAGGAAUUGUUUUAGUGGGGAUAGCAUGUGUGUCUUAUGCGAGGAUUUCGAUGAAUCGGCUGAUCAUCUGCUUUGUGGUUGCUGUGUGGCGAGCAAUGUUUGGAGUAUGGUGUCUCGUUGGUGCCGGGUCAGUCCGAUCUUUGUGUUUUCGGUUAGAGACUUCCUUGGCCUUAGUGAUUUUUCGGGCCUAGGGGAGUUGGCUAAAGAGGCGUUUCAUGAGAUUCUCAUAGUUGGGGCGUGGUGUAUCUGGAGGGCCCGGAAUAAUAAAAGAUUUAACAAUUCUCUUAAGACGGCUCACGACAUUUUUUUAGAUAUUAGAAGUCUCGGAUUCCAUUUAUAUAGAAAUAGAUCAAGGAAUAAAGCCAUUAGUUGGGCUAAUUGGUGUUCUUUCAGUUUGAUGUAA